GUUAGAGAGAGCAGCCCAAAUGUGUAAACAUGCAGCAAACAUUGUCAUAUUCAUCAUCGCCAUCACCGACACUCAUCUCGGCGCCAAUCCGACCCCGCUCCACAACGGACACAGCCACAGCAAUCCCAGUCCCUGUUUCAUUCCCGAUCCCAGUACCAGUUACAGUCACAGCCACACCAGCCAUAAUAUCCGUCGACUAUAGCUACGAUCCCAGGCGCAUUAUGUCGCCAUCUACGCAUAGCAAUGGCAAUUAUACUGCCGAGGAUCAGCUGUAUAUGGAGAACAAGACGAUGACGACGAUGACAUCCUCUCAGCUCAAUCAGCCGUAUAGUAGCCUCUUUGGUGAUCCAGUGCCCCCACCGCAGCCAGAGGAUUACUUUGGCACCGCUGCUUUCGAAACGAUACAUGCCUCAUCCAUUGAUAUGCCCAGCUCCGAGGAGGAUACUCUGGUCGCAGCGGUGGCUCUAAAUGCCCUCACCGGAAAUGAGAGUUGUCGCAGGCUCUUCUCCAAUGUGCCUUAUUGCAACACCAACACCAUCAGCACCUGCCGUUCCCAGCCUUUACCACGCCUCCAACCACCGGAUAUACAAAUUCUGCCCAAUUCGAGUGCUGGCUCUAGUGGCUCCGAUCAACUUGAUUCGCCCAAUUUUAUGCUCCUAACACCACUGGACAAUGUCAGCAAGCCGGUUGGCUAUGACAACCAAUACGAUGAGCAGGCAACCCAAGUUUCCGAGGAGGAACAGGAACAGCAGCAGCAGCAGAGUAAACUUAGACCCAGAUCGGAAUCGUAUGCGAGCAGUGGCUUGGAUUGGUAUCGACCCGUUUCGCAGCAUUUUGCCGAGUUUAGUCGCAUCCCAAAACUGCGACCCAGCUCCAAAAUGGUCAUGUCCAUUAAGCACGAAGAGAUGCCCCUCUCCCCGCUAGCCACCAUGUUGCAGGACUCCACGAACUCGAGCAGCAGCGGCGACGAUCAGUUGCAGGACAAACAAAUGUCGUCCAGUCUAGACAGGAAUCUAAUACUCUCGCCCAAGCAGUAUCUCCAACAGCAACAACAAAGGGAAUUGCUGCGGGAGUUAAACGAGAGGCAGCUGAUUGAGAGCAUGCGUUCCUACGGCCUGGAGACGCCCAUAUCACACAGAUCACAUCACAGUCUAAUGCCCGAAUCGAGCAUAGAGCGGGCAACACCAGAUGAGGAGCCGGAGGAGCAGCAGGAAGAUCAGGAGCUGGAGGAGUUGCAGUCUCACUUGCAGACUAUGUCCCCGGUGGUCAUCAAGGACUCAGUCUCCACAGGCGGUGAUUAUCGCGUGGGCGAUACUAGACUCCACAAGAAGUCCUCAUUCACCAUACUCUCCGUGCGCUCGCCCAAAUCCUCGCCACAACGCACUGAUCGCCAUCCUUCGAUUCAGUCCACAACUACCUCAUCUCAAGCGCCGGCUCAGACUGCGCCACAGUUGAGGCCACGCCGCAAAUCGUUGGCUGGUAUGCGCUUGCCCCAACUGCCGUUGCCAGCAGCUCCAACGGAUGAUUCGCCACGUCCCUCGGUGCAGUUCAAUAUGUCUGGGCGUUAUAGUCCGAACAAGCUGGCCAUGCCCACAAAGGGCAUACUACAGCAGCGGGAUUCAUUGACCUCAUCCGUGGACACCACAUAUACGCCUCGCAUCCAACGACGUGGAUCUACUUUUGGCCAGCAGCGCAUCAAGAGUCUGGAGACGUUACCGUUGAUCACGGAUGCCUAUCUACGCAGCGCCAUACCACGAUUUCAUAGAUCCAACAUGGAACUGGAUAAGGAGCCGGCAAUUAUACCACCGGGCUCACUGCCACGUCCGUUCAAGCCAAAUCCGAAUCCGACGCGCAAACAGCGUGGAUUGCUGAGCAUCAUCAAUAAAGAGGAGAAGGAAGAGCAAGACCGUUUCUCCCCCCUUCAACCCCGCUCCAAUUGGCUGAGUCUGGACGAUCUGACGCUGGAGCAGCGUUUGAGGAAGUCCGCCUUCGAUCCCCGGCAUCGUCGUCGCUCCAGCUCCACAUCGCCCGAGCGUCGCAGCUCAACGCAAACAGCCUCGGAUCGACGCAGUUCGAAUUUAAGUAGCAUCACCACCUCCGACUUUAGUUUCCGCCGACCCACGCUCUCAACACUGCCAGCAACAACAACCAUAACAGGAACAGGAUCAACUGCUCCUCGUAGAAAAUCCAUUUAUCAAACACCUAAAAAGUCUCCCCGUCGCAAAUCGAUUACCAGCAUGGAUUUGAAACAACUCGGUAAACGCACCAAGAUUGCUAAGCCCUCGACUCUCUCGCCGAUCAUUGGCACCCCGAACAAGGACAGCGGCAAGGACAGUCCCCUGCAUGGUGAUGCCUAUGAGGCAGCUCAUCUCGACACAGCCUCCGAGCUGUCGCUGCUGCGCCGUCGCGAUUCCACAUCCCGCAUACCAGUGCGUAACAGUCCACGUGACUCGCUGCCCAACAGUCGCUCUACAUCACCACUCAAGGAUCCACUCUCGACACUCUCCGGUCGCAAUUCGCAGGCGAGCAACAGUCGCUCGCCAUCGCAGGCAACGACUAGGAGCGGUGGCAUGGAUAUACGUGGCAUGGACAUUCGAUUGACGCCCAAUCGUCGCAGUGCGCCUGCUUCCAGAUCCAACUCUCGACUGGCCCAGGAUAACUCCCGAACUGACUCGAGGGCUGAUUCUCGGGCAAACUCCAGAGCGAACUCCCGAGCUGAAUCCCGAGCUGACUCCCGAGCCAACUCCCGGGCGAACUCCCGUGCCGAGUCCCGAGGUGACUCCCGCGUGAACUCUCGUGCUGACUCCAGAGCUAACUCCCGUGCUGAUUCCAGAGCUGACUCCCGGGCCAACUCGCGUGCCGACUCCCGAGCUGAGUCCCGUUUGAGCGUACGCUCUUCCAUGCGUUCCACUCCCUCCAUUUCACCGGCAGCCGGCAACAACACACGCAACAGUCGUCAGAUGGACACCACGCCCAAUCGUCGAAAAUCCAUAUCGACAAGUCCCAAAACACCAACAGCUAAAGCAACGCCAAGACGCAGAAUGUCACCAAGUCCUACGGCAAAACGUGGUAAGCCCAGCAAGCAGACACCCAAAGAAACCACAUCGAUUGGACCACGUCGCAAUUCGCGUUCCCGCAUACCCACGAGGAGCGCAAGUGCAUCCAAGACCAGUUCACCCGCCCAGAAAGUGACAGUGGCGCCAGUUACCCAAACAGGCGACAAGGCAAAGGGCAAAAAGUCAGCUCAGACAGUUCAGUCCAGGAAGGUCAGUCCCAAGGCAAAGUUGAGCAGCUCCAAAGCAGAAAGUGCCAAAAAGAAGAUCUCGUCCAUAAGCAAACUGGAGCGUAAUGGAAGUAAAACCCCGGCAAAAGUCACUUCCAAGAAGCCAGCGAAGCCGCAGAAACUGGAACAGGCAACAGCAACUAAGACCAAUGGAAAAAGUGGAUUACCCAAACCCCUAAAGCGCGCCGGAUCCCAGCAGAGCAUUAAGAAACCCCAAACACAAACCCAACCCCAAGAAAAUGAGUCGAGCAAACAAGCCAAGCAGAAGAUCUCCACGGAAAGGGAGGAGAUCAAGGCCAAGGACAACACUGCGGACAGCAGUAAGCCAUUGGCUAUGCAUGUGGGGAAUGCCGUACAACAGGCGGCAGAUGCUCUACCCGCUGUCCGCAGCGAGGUGAAUGCAACGCCAUCGAAAGGCGGCGGCAUCCAGCGACAAGGCUCCAAUAUGUCCACAUUGGUCCGCAUGAGUUCCCGGCUCAGCCUGAUUAGCAAUAAGAAACGUGGAGAUUCCGCACACAAUCGCAAAGUGUCCACGGUGCCGGAACAGACAACUGAGGCAGAGGUUGCUGCCGCAAAGGCUGCUUCUCCUCCAGCUGCAACAAGUUCCGAUGCAAAAUUGGAGGCUAAAUCGAUGAUAGACUCGGCCACGUCUGAGACUCUGACUGACCAUUUAAUGGACCACAAAACGCAUGAAAAUCAAUCCGGAUUGGUGCCAGAUUUAGCUGCUGGGGCAUCACCCACACCGAGCGGCGCCGUCAAACCCAAUGAAUCUGCUGUUUCGCGUCUGGACACCGCAGACGGCAGCAAUGCCUUGACGAGCUCACCCUCGGAAUUGGAAAAAUCGCCGGUGCCCCCAACGCAACCCAUCGAAGCAUCCAUAUCGGUGUUAAACACAGCCGAGGCGGUCUCGAUUAGUCCACAUGCCAUCUCGGCCAUGCCAGAGGCUGACAAUGAGCUGGCCAAUUUGGAGGAGGCUCAAGCUGUCAACUUUGAACACGCCAGGACGCACAAGGAUGGGGGCAGCAGGGAGGAUUUUCAAGUGGAUGACAAGAGACUUUCGCCCGAUGGACAGGGUGGUUCGACAGCGGGCAGCGGCGGUGCCCAUGCCAAAAUAAUCUACCCUGAAGUUAUCAACUGCAAAAAAUCAGUGAUGUUGUCGAAGAAGAAAAAGAAUUCGGUCAUCUUCAGCAUUGAUCUGCCGCAGAAUUCAUUGAUUGAUUCGGACAAAUAUUUCUAUGGAACCAGCAGCGAGGAGUUCCUCAAGGAUGAUGUGGGCAAGGGACGUGGCUGUUGCCGCUGUUGCAGCACGCUCUGCAUGCGUUUCCGUCGAUCGCGCUGCAUGCGAUGCUGUGGUCGGCGCAAGGAUCGUCUCCAUGAUGCCACCGAGGAGCACCCAGUGCUUUCCAGUGCUCGAAGCAGCGCCACAACAACAACCACAACCCAAGUGGAGGUCAUAGACGAAACGAAGGUGGAUAAGAAGAAAAAGGCUCGUUGCUGCCCAAAAUUCAAUUGUUGCAAGAGUUGCAAAAAGAAACCAAAGCCAAGUGGCGAAUCGGAUGUGGAUAAGGAGGAGGCCAAAAUGAGCAGUGACAUGGGGCAAAUGCAUCAACCCAUUCCCAAGCAGCAGCAGCAGCAGGGAAAGUGUGGCAUGUGCCUGCGAAAGGUUUUCUGCUGUCGUUCGGUGAACAAAGUGGAUCCGAUCACAGGCGAUGAGACAGAGCUGAAUAAAUGUUGCUUUUGCAUACCCUGUCGACGCAGGCGAGCAGCUGCUGCUGCCACAGAUCCCAAGGUGGCAUGGCGAGAUCCAGAUCGAGAUCCAGAGCUGGGCAUAACGGCAACAGAUGCGGCUGUCCUGGAGGGUUCCUCGGUGGCCCCGUCCUCCACAGCAGCAGCCGAAGAAGUGACCAAGGUGGGCUGCUGCAAACGAUUCUGGCUCAUGCUGCUCUGUUGCCGUAAGAAGAAACCACGUCGUGGCUCGGAAACACGUCGACAAAGUAUUGUCGCACCACCAAGCGAAGAUACGCGUCGCAAGCUGCACAAUGAUCUGGUGGAAUACACUUCCAAAAUGAAGGGAGCUAUUCCAGUGUUGCCGCUUUAUCUCGCCUGGUUUUGUGCCUUUUGCAAUAUCAUCUUUCCAGGCUUAGGCACUUUGCUUUCCGGAUUGUUCUGCUUGUGUGUCGGCAUUCCACGAUUUUCGCAAUUUGACAGCGCAAGAGCUCGAAUUGGAUCGUUUAUCAUAAAUAUUAUUGUGGCCGUGUCGCAAUUCUUUUGUGUGCUCUUCUGCUUUGUGGGCUGGGGCUGGUCCAUCUGGUGGGGCACCAUAAUGCUAAAGUGUGCAAAGAAACUGAGCAAAAUCAAAAAGGUGGAACGUCUCGAACUGGAAGAGGAACAGCGACAAGCUGAGCUGGCGGCUGCUGCGGGCACCGUUCGCAGGGAGACUGAGACAGCGAAGACUUAAAUGGGACUAGCAACAAUACCAAAACAUUCCAAAUAAAUAUGGUACAACAAAAAUUGCUUCCAGUGACAACAUAACAAAAAAUACAAUUCUAUUUGAACUUCCUUGGAAUACGAGCAGAUAUUCCAGUGAAUAACUAAAAAUCGUCAAACUUCCAGUGACGUAACGGAGAAGAUCAACAAAAUGCACUUCCAUAUGUACAUAGUAUAUAUAGCGAUAUACAUCUAAACAUUUUUGUAUAAAUAAGAAUUUAUAUAAAUUUUCGCGUUUAAGUGAAC